AAAGCCGGCUUUUUCCCUCCAGUAGCAGUUGUGGAGCAACGUGAGACUGUCCUUGUCCACAUGUUGAACGGCCUCAUGAACUGCCUAAACGGAAGAAUGGUCCAAAAUGAAGACGAAACGUGUUCCUAUGAAUCUGUGAAAGAGAUUUCCACCUACUUACUCAGCAAAACAAAAAUCAGGCCUAAACUCGGCCUGAUAUGUGGCACUGGAAUGGGCGCCGUCGCCCACCUUCUUCAGAACACGAACGAAUUCCCGUACGAGUCAAUUCCCAACUUUCCUAAGUCGACGGUCCACGGUCAUGCCGGAAAACUUAUCUUCGGCUUUAUAGGAUCAGUGCCGAUCAUGUGCAUGCAGGGACGAGUCCACUAUUACGAGGGCUACUCCCUUACAAGGUGUGCUUUGCCAGUGAGGGUGAUGAAAAUGUGCGGCGUGACACACAUAAUCAUGAGCAACGCUGCAGGGGGUGUCAACGCAAAUUACAGCCCAGGUGAUAUCAUGCUCAUGAAGGAUCAUGUCAAUUUCCUGGGUUUCGGGGGUGUCAACCCACUCAGGGGAACCAACGACGAAAGGUGGGGCCCACGGUUUGUAGCUUUGAAUAAGGCAUACUCGGCCGAGAUAAGGAGUAUGGCGAAGAAGGCCGCCGCCGAGCUUGGGAUGAACAACGUCCACGAGGGUGUCUACGCCCUGGUCGGCGGUCCAAAUUUCGAAACCGUCGCGGAAAUCAGACUACUGAGACAACUCGGUGUCGAUGCUGUCGGUAUGAGCACCGUCGGCGAGGUGAUAACUGCUCACCACUGCGGCAUCGUCGUCUUCGCCUUCAGCCUCAUAACAAACGCAUGCGUCUGCGACUACGUGACCAACGAAAUGCCCAACCACGAGGAAGUCCUGGAACACGGGAAGAAAAACGAAAACCAAAUCAAAAUGUGGAUCACAAAACUGAUCGAGUACAUUUCAAAAGAAAUGCCGAAAACAUAGUGUAUCAGAGAUGAGCCGAGUGUCAAGGAUAUCCCUGUUAUCCUCCAAAGUUGGAAACGUGAUAUUUUAAGAUAAUAGUGCCUUAUGGAUUGUAAAUAAUGUUACACCAUUUUCUUC